GCUGCUCCGGGCGCCGGGCCCUCCUCGGCCGCGGCACGGCCCGGGCUCGGCGACGGCCGGCCGGAGGGAGGUUCGGGGCGGCGGCGCCGCCGCAAGUUGCGCUGUUCGCGGCGAGGUUUCAGUUCACGAAGUGGGCUCCCAAGGGGACCGGAUACCCUCUGGCAGUGACGGUGAGAUUCACUGGAGUGCAGGAAGAAACGUAACUGAAGACAGAAAACAGGCCUAAAAAUAAACCCUAGAAGGAAGACGGGAUUUGCCUACAUUUGGCUCUGAGCAGGUCCCAGCAGACACUUGGCAUUUUAUAUGAUCGGAUGCUGGGGAGCCCACUGGUUCAAAGGUCUACACAUGACGUCAGCCUAAAGCUUGCUCACAGAAGGUGGCCCCCGCUUCGUGAAGACCUCAUCGCCGUGAGGUGAGGCUAAGAUGAGCAUAACCAGUGACGAGGUGAACUUCCUGGUGUAUCGGUAUCUCCAGGAGUCAGGUUUUUCGCACUCGGCCUUCACGUUCGGGAUCGAGAGCCACAUAAGCCAGUCCAACAUCAACGGGACUCUAGUGCCGCCGGCCGCCCUCAUCUCCAUCCUGCAGAAGGGCCUGCAGUAUGUGGAGGCGGAGAUCAGCAUCAACGAGGACGGCACGGUGUUCGACGGCCGCCCGAUAGAAUCACUGUCCCUGAUUGACGCGGUGAUGCCCGACGUGGUGCAGACGCGGCAGCAGGCGUUCCGGGAGAAGCUGGCGCAGCAGCAGGCCAGCGUGGCGGCCACGGCGGCGGCGGCGGCGGCGGUAGCCCCGGCGGCCCCGGCGGCCGUUUCCCAGCAGAAUCCACCAAAGAACGGCGAGGCCACGGUGAACGGGGAAGAGAACGGAGCACACGCGAUAAAUAAUCAUUCAAAACCAAUGGAAAUAGAUGGGGACGUGGAGAUUCCACCCAACAAAGCCACAGUCCUUCGGGGCCAUGAGUCUGAGGUGUUCAUCUGUGCCUGGAACCCUGUCAGUGAUCUCCUGGCUUCCGGAUCUGGAGAUUCAACCGCCAGGAUAUGGAACCUCAACGAAAACAGCAACGGGGGCUCCACGCAGCUCGUGCUGAGGCACUGUAUACGGGAGGGGGGGCACGACGUCCCCAGUAACAAAGACGUGACCUCGCUGGACUGGAACAGUGACGGCACACUGUUGGCUACAGGUUCCUACGACGGUUUUGCAAGAAUAUGGACGGAAGACGGUAACCUGGCCAGCACCUUAGGCCAACAUAAAGGCCCCAUCUUUGCCUUGAAAUGGAACAAGAAGGGGAAUUACAUUUUGAGUGCCGGAGUAGACAAAACCACAAUAAUUUGGGAUGCCCACACAGGAGAGGCCAAACAGCAGUUUCCGUUUCAUUCCGCCCCUGCUCUUGACGUGGACUGGCAGAACAACACCACCUUCGCUUCCUGUAGCACAGACAUGUGUAUCCACGUCUGCAGGCUCGGCUGCGACCGCCCGGUCAAAACGUUCCAGGGACACACAAAUGAGGUGAAUGCCAUCAAAUGGGAUCCUUCUGGGAUGUUGCUAGCAUCCUGCUCUGAUGACAUGACAUUAAAGAUCUGGAGUAUGAAGCAGGAUACGUGUGUCCAUGACCUCCAAGCUCACAGCAAAGAGAUAUACACCAUAAAGUGGAGUCCCACCGGGCCAGCCACCAGCAACCCAAACUCCAACAUCAUGCUAGCAAGUGCUUCGUUCGAUUCUACAGUUCGACUGUGGGACGUGGAGCGGGGCGUUUGCAUCCACACGCUCACCAAACACCAGGAACCGGUCUAUAGUGUAGCUUUUAGCCCCGACGGGAAGCACUUGGCCAGCGGCUCCUUUGACAAGUGUGUGCACAUCUGGAACACGCAGAGCGGAAGUCUCGUCCACAGCUACCGAGGCACCGGCGGCAUCUUCGAGGUGUGCUGGAACGCCCGAGGGGACAAAGUGGGCGCCAGUGCGUCGGACGGCUCCGUGUGUGUCUUAGAUCUGCGAAAGUAAACACGAAAUAUUUUAGACACAAGAAGAGAAUUCUAACGGACCAGCAGUGAAUGUGUGGGGUCGUAGCACUAUUCACACACACUUCUGUCAGCUCCAAAACUGUGCGGACUUGACCUUAGAGUGUACUUUGAAAUCAGCUCAUCCCUGGCCACAGGAGUCUCUAUUUUUUUGUAAUCUAUAUCAAGAAAUUUAAAACAAAAACAUACACACAGUCAUAUAAAAGGGGGAAAGAAUGGUUUCCACCUGGAACGUUCAGCCUGGGAAGCAUGAAGCCACCAGCUAGACGGUGCACGGUUUGGUUCCCAUCCAGAACAGGCUCUGAUGGCUGAGAGGAAAAGAAAAAAAAAAAAAAAAAACUGUGCCAAAAAGAAAAAGGAAAAAAAUGCUGUGAUAAACCAAAAUGGGGGUGGGGAAGUCCUCAUGUGGUGGGUUUUUUUUUUUUUUUUUUCCUAAAAAUUUGGACACUACAGUUACUCUCACAAGGAUGUUCAAAGACCAGUUUGUACGGAUGAAACGGGCAACUUUGUAAUCCCAACACUUUCUAUUUUCUAGACUCUUUGUCCCGUGGUUUUUCUAUGGGCUGGAAUCCUGUUGUCUGGGGGCCUUGGGUCUGAGGUGGAAACUGUUUUGGGUUUGUUGCUUGUUUGCUGAUGUCGCCCGCCCCCUCCACCUCCUUCUUUCCUUCGUGGUCUUGGUUGGCAUCACCCCCUCACAGAGUCUCUGACGGGCGGGGCUUUCUCGCCCUCCCCCCCACACACACUCUCUCCGCCCCUUUCCUCAUAGUUGCUUCCCAUCUUAGGUCUCAAGGGCACUUUUGGCGCAUAAUAAGUGCUUUAUGUAAGAAGGCAGGGCAGGGGGACUUUUUACAGGAGGAAAAAAAAAAGUGACUUAUAAGAGAGAGCCCAGAGUAUUUUUGGAGAAAAAAAAAUAUUUUUAUGUUAAAACAAUUUUAAAAUCCUAAAAUGGCCAUCAGACAUAGAGAGCUUUGUGUGAUUCAUAUUUAAAAACAAAGUUUAGGAAGACACAGGCAGGGUCUGAGGUGGCUUGUUCCCUUCACUUUCAGCUUCUUGAGAGGCAGUGAAGACUCUGUGGGAAGGGGCCAGCCCUGGGGUCGGCGCUGGGGCUCUCCUACGGCCACAGAGGAAAAUCCGGGCCCUUCCAGCUCGAAGAAGACCCUGGCAUUUUUCAGGGUGUGUGGACCGUAUAGUAGCCGGCAGGAGAGACCUGGAGGAGCGUGCCUUCGGAGCCGAGAAGCGUUCCCAGGACCAGCGGCGUUGAAGGGGCCAUCCCAGCCAUCCACUCGGCAGGAUGCCGCCUGGCAUCGUUCAGGCCGCAGGGCCACCUGUGGUCCCCCCACCAAGAGCACCUCGGCCGGUCCUUGCACAGCUGACGGGAGAGGCUCCAGGAUCUCACUGGGUCUAAUAACGACAAAAACGAACAGGGAGAGAGGUUUUCGGUCCUGAAGGUGAAUUCCGUAGGUAGAGUGUCACUAAUCAUUUCUGUCCUGUUCAUAGUUUCUUCCUCUUGCCACGGAGGAGGAGCAAGGUUUUCCUUUUGUAAUAAUGAAUCUUUUUACUGUUUUUAAAAAAUUAAACAUGGCUUUGUGUUCCUG